AUGGAAAACAAUAUUCUACUAAAAACUGAUUCCUACAAAAUCUCACAUCAUAGACAAUAUCCACCUGAAACAACCACUGUGUAUGCCUACCUGGAAAGUCGAGGCGGCGACUAUCCUGAACAAGUGUUCUUCGGUUUGCAAUAUAUAUUAAAAAAGCAUUUAGUUGGCAAAAUAGUAACGAAAGAAUAUAUCGACGAAGCCGUUCAAUUUUGGAAUAAGCAUUUUGGCUACGAUAUCGUUGAUCGAGAAAUGUGGGAAUAUAUCGUUGAGAAACAUGAUGGCCAUUUACCAAUACGCAUAAAAGCUGUUCCGGAAGGGACGGUUGUGCCAACGGGAAAUGUAUUGAUGACAAUUGAAAAUACGGAUCCGAAAUGUCCGUCGUUGACAACAUUCUUAGAAACAAUUUUGUUACAAGUUUGGUAUCCGAUAACUAUUGCAACGAAUUCAAGAGAAAUCAAAAAGAUUCUGCUGCGAUCAUUAGUCAAAACAGGUGAUCCAACGAUGGUCAAAUCUAAACUACAUGAUUUCGGCUUCCGUGGCGUGUCUUCGUAUGAAACGUCUGCAAUUGGAUCAUGUGCACACCUAACAUCAUUCACUGGUACUGAUACAAUAUCAGGCUGUGUUCUAGCUCAUAAUUAUUACCUUGCUGACGAUAUGGUCGCAUUUUCCAUUCCGGCUUCGGAACAUUCUACGAUGGUUAGUUGGACAAGAGAAAAAGAACGAGAAGCAUAUGAAAACAUGCUAGAUGCUUAUCCGACGGGAAUUAUUGCAUGUGUAUCGGAUUCAUACAAUAUUUAUGAUGCAUGCGAACAUAUUUGGGGUGAACUUUUGCAUGACAAAGUUAUAGCACGUGAUGGCACUGUAGUUAUUCGAUCGGAUUCUGGUGACCCAUUGGAAGUACUCGAACGAUUAUUAAUUAUAUUGUACGAUAAAUUUGGUGGUCAUGAGAAUGAAAAAGGUUAUAAAGUUCUUGAUAAGCACGUCCGACUGAUACAAGGUGAUGGAGUGAACAUGAAAUCAAUUGAAGCUAUUGUUGAUUUACUUGAACGUAUUGGCUUUUCCACUGACAAUCUUAUGUUUGGCAGUGGUGGUAAGUCAACUCUUUCCAUCAAGGUCUUACCAUUUACAUUUCGAUUUCCAGGUGGUCUCUUACAAAAAUUCGAUCGCGAUACAAUGAAAUUCGCUAUUAAGUGCUCUUACGUGGAAAUCAACGGCAUCGGUGGACUAGCCGUUGCUAAAAACCCAAUAACGGAUAAAGGCAAACGUAAUAAACCCGGUCGACUCAAACUAGUCAAAGAUACCAAUGGUCAAUAUCGCACCUUGAGUAGUAUUGAUCAGAGUAAUGAAUAUGAUAAUGCAGAAGAUCUAUUAGUAACUGUUUACGAGAAUGGUCAACUUCUCUGUGAUUAUUCCUUCAAUACAAUCCGCGCCAAUUGUGAUAUCGACCCCGAUCAUCUAGACUUUAUGCAUAUUAUGUAG